CAUCCGGCCGGCCGUCCCCCGCCCCGGAGCCCGCUGCCGGUCCUCGGACCCCCGCUCCCGCCCGAGGCGGAGGCGCUGGGUGCGAGGGCCCCGCGGGCAGGCGGCCCGGGGCGUUCCGGCGGGACCGGCCUCCUCGCCCGGCUCACGCCGCGGUCUCUCUUCUUGCCCCGUGAUUUUCCUCCUGACGAGGGGAGGUGAGGGUCUGGAGAGGGUGACCAGCCUCGACGGUGUCUUGCUCAUUUUCUUGCGCGGAGGCUCGGCCCCAGGUGGGACCGUCGCCUUGCUGCUCGGUGCAACCGAGGGGCCAUGGCCCCGGGGUUCUGGCCGCUGCUCCGUAGUGGCCCGUGGACCCGCCGGAGCCCCCGGUGCCCGGUGGGUGCAAGGAGCAGGCUGGGGUUGGGGCCGCUCGGCAGCUGCAGCGUCCUGGGAGCUGAGCGGGUUCCCUCCACGGUGGGAAGCCAACCUCUCCAGGGGGGCUGCAGAGCAGGCUGCGCAGCCUGACCAACACCGAGCAUCUGUCUGGGCAUGUGUGUCUGCGUGGGGGGGUCAGGCUGGCCAGGGCUGCAGAUGUCUCUGACUGCCCAGGGUACAUGACGUUUGAGCGGCACGGUUGGAGGAAGGCACUGUCAGAAGGCUGGAAGGGUCUCCGAGAGCUGUCUCUUUCUUUUAUCUGUAACCUGACUGACAAGGCUGUCGUGUUAUGACGACCCCUAACAAAGGAAACAAGGCCUUGAAGGUGAAGCGUGAGCCAGGCGAGAAUGGGACCAGCCUGACAGAUGAGGAGCUGGUGACCAUGUCUGUGCGGGAGCUAAACCAGCAUCUCCGGGGCCUGUCGAAGGAAGAGAUCAUCCAGCUAAAGCAGCGUCGGCGCACGCUGAAGAAUCGGGGCUAUGCGGCCAGCUGCAGAGUCAAGCGUGUUACCCAGAAGGAGGAACUGGAGAAGCAGAAGGCAGAGCUGCAGCAAGAAGUGGAGAAGCUGGCCUCUGAGAACGCCAGCAUGAAAAUGGAACUUGAUGCUCUCCGCUCCAAAUACGAGGCUCUCCAGAACUUCGCCAGAACCGUGGCCCGGAGCCCUGUGACCCCUGCGCGGGGGCCUCUCACCUCCAGUAUGGGGCCCCUUGUCCCUGGCAAGGUUGCUACUACUAGUGUCAUCACAAUAGUGAAAUCCAAAACGGACGCCCGGUCUUAGUGAAGCGCGUGUUGCCUGAGCUUGUCUGUGCAGGGCAAUUAGGCACAAAACCAGCCUGGAAUCCCCAAAGCACAAACCCUCCCCACAUGGGUCCGGGUUCUUUCUACUUGGCCCAGGACUGGCCUGCUGAUCACUCCAGUUUUAUUUUGUUAUGUCCAGAUUGGUAUGAGCAGUGGUGAUGCGUCCCUUGUCCUGUGCAGACAGAGCCUCCCACCCAGCAGUCUGUAGCCCUUGGGCGCCCUUGGGACAGACUGCGAGAUCUUGGUUUUCUAGCCAAAGAAUAUCUGUGCAGCGUGGCCGAUGGCAGGGCAACGGAAGGGCUUGGGGAAGGUCCAGAGGGAGGCUUUCUUCCUGGGGGCCAGGAACCCUAAUUUUCGGUCACUUCCAAAGGCUUUAUUUCAUUACUCUUCCAGGUGGUGCAUCUUGGUGCCUGACUGCCAGGUGCCUGAACCUGCUGCUUUUGUCUCAUUUGGUACCCGUAGUUGCAGUUGGGGUGUUCUGUGUAAUAGGUUUUUAUUCCUUUCUAGGUGUGCCUCUGUGCCCUAACAGUGGGUUUCCUUCAGACGUCCGUUGCGUUAGCCGUGUAAACUAGCAGUGGUGGAAAGGAAGAUGCCCUGCUGCCUCUGCCCCAGCAAUGGGGAGGGAGCUGGGACAGGGCCCUUGCGAGGGGCCCAGCACCCCAGGGGAGGGAGGGAAGGUACCGUGUUGACUGCAGGCCGGUUUUGUGCCUAAUGUGUUGCACUGAACAAGACCAAAAUCACUAGUUGUUCCCGUGUUUUGAGGGUAUCAAGUGUCUCUAGUGUGAUGGUUUACACAACCAGUUUAUGUGGUUAAAUAGCCCUUUAUUUAAAGAGAGAAACAUCAUUUUAAGAGUUAUUAAAUUAUCUAAGUUUAAAAUUAAAAUCAGACAGAAGAGAGAGCGUAUUUAUAGUCAGCUUUUUUAUCUGAGAGGGCGAGAAUAUUUGACCAUAUAAAUGGGGAAAUAUUCUCGGAGACUUUGCUAGUUAAAAGUUAAUAAAUAAAUAAUUUUAAAGUUUCUCAUGAACCUCCCGCAAACUGUUUGUGGCUCUGAGGUUAGUUUUUAUAAAGAGUUAUCAGACUUUAUUUAUAAAACUUAGAAAAAGACAAAAAAAGAGGCAAGUCCUGUUUGAUAUCUUUUUGCAAUUGUACCAAAAGUGACUUAUUCUCGACCUUGCUGGCUUCCGUUGUGUCCCCUUGUGUUGCGCUCUCUGUGCUCUCUGAGCUCUUGCGUGGCGCUGUGGUGUGGUGGUGCCAGUGGCUGCCUUUGCCAUGUGCUGUCAUUUUCAUGCUGCCGUCAUUUUCCCUAAGCUCAACCGAGAGAUUGAGUUGGAAUCUCUCCGAACUCUCCAGAAGGAUUCUGGCACACAGGCAAAGGCGCUGCUGUUCUUGAAGGCAAAAAUGAAUGGCUGGUGCAACUAAGUAGUGAUGCCUGCCCAGAAAACGCUUCUCUGCAGAGGCGUGCUGCAGGAGCUCAGGCAGCUUCGGCCUCUUGCUGAGCCGCCGACACCGGGUAACUUGGUUACCUGAAUGGGGAAAACAUUGCGCUUUCCUUCCUCCAGCAAAGCUGCUAGAGAAGUAACGCAAGGGAGAAUUGUCCAAGCUUAGGAGGAGGCUGAUGGGAUUUAACUCUGGAAUUGGAUCCUGUGGUCAGAACUUGUGUUGCUCUUGCAGCUCAUCUGACAAGAGGGGCAAGUCUGCCCUGCCUGCCUUCUAGGCAGCGUGGGACCAGCGCUAGUCCUGAGUAUCUGCAUAUUACUGAAAAUUAGGCUGUGGCAUGGUUACUGUCUUUCCUGGUGCAGCUUCUGUCUGUGGGUGUUGGAAGAGUGCUUAGACUUACAGCUGUGUGGCACAGCUGAGGAGCUAUUUGUGGCCAGGCUCCAUUUCUACAAACACUUUGAUCCCCCUCUCCCCUCCCCAAAGAUUUGAGCUGAUUACUGACUAGUUUUAGAGAAGCAGGACUUGGGGGGUGAAGUCCAUGUGAUCUCCUGGCUGCUGAAGGUCUCCUGAGCGAAGGGGACAGACCAGGAUGGCACAAGUGAAACCGCAGUCUUGCGGGGAGGUGCGAUUCUCCAUACUGGGUGGGUUUUGGCGAUGUGUUUCUCACAUAGCUGAACUGAUACUGCUGUCCUCUGGGCUGAGAAGCAGGUAAAUCUGAUGAAGGCCAGAAUGUGGCAGGAGAAGAGCAGAUUGUUGGUGGGGAUUUCCUGCUGGAGGUGGAGAUCAGAUUUGCUCUGGUUGAUUUGGAGUUUAGAGAGAAGCUGUUUGGGAUGUUUUUCCCAGUGAACUUCCUGAAUGAGGAGCAGGUUGGAACAUCUCAUCCAGGCUUCCCCCGCCCAGCCCUGGGCUUUCUCUUCUCUGAGCUGAAGUGCCCGACUUCCCAGCCGUUCACCGGGCAGCUCUUGGCACAGAGCUCUGGGCGCUAACCUCUGUCUUCCAGCUGGUGACAUGGUGCCUGGAAGAGGUGAGAUGUUCCGGAACACGGAGACCUUCAGUUGGCCUGGGGUGUGAGUCCUAAUCCUGUCCUUCCUGGAGCCAGCCUGAGAUGGAACCUGGCUAAAGUGCCGUUCUGAACCCAGCUGGAGGCCUGACCUCCGCAGGGUGAGCAGCAGAGGUUUUGUGUAGGGGGCUGGUUAGGAGCUGAGCUGCAGGGGCUGGAGGCUGCGGUGUGAGGAGGGCCGCAACAACAGAGCAGGCGACGACGGGCAAUCCUGCAGCCCUAGUGAACUUGCUUCAAUUGUACUCUGUGGCGGGGAAUGUCCCCCGUCUUUCCCUGCCUGCUGGGCGACAGCCACGCUGUUGCUGGUGAGAGGCUGUGCUGCUUUGGAGUGAGACCGUGAGUCAGGAGGACGGACGGACGGACGGAGCAGGCGGCAGCACUGACUCCACCAGGUGUUAACGCUGUCGCUUCUGCUCCCCAGCGCUGCGCUUGCCAGCUUAUGGGCGCAGCCUGCUCCGAGGGGCAGAGUGCGCCCGGCGAGCCACGCCGUGUAGGGGGCAGCGGGCGCGAAGCCGCGGCCGAAGGGCGCCAGUGUGGUAAACGAGCUCUGUGGGGACCGGGCUGGGUGUCCACAGGGACGCGCUCCCCUUGCGAGUGCCGCUUCCCCCGUGCUAGCACUUCGGUUUUGGUUUUGUUCUCAGUGAAGUGUUGGACCCCGAGUGAUGUAUUUCUGCAGUGUCCAAGGAGUCUCCCGGUCCCCAGCCAGCUGGCUUCCUGCGCCCGCGCGAGGCGGCCCUGCCCCGAGCCGCCACGCUGACCUCUCUCUCGUAUAUAGCGUUCUGGAGUGUGACAGUUCGUGUUCCUGAGGUGAUCGUCCGUUUGGUUUCCUGCUGUGAAGGGUGUCGUGUUUUCUUUCUCCUUUUCCCGGUGCCGUUACCGCGGCGGUUGGGGGGGGGGGGGGCGCCCCCGGCCUGCCUGCGAAGCCAACCCAACCCGCGGCGCGUACCCCCGCGCCGCCGCCCCGGGGCUUUGUGUAUCUUGUGGUGAAUUGUGUCAAGUGAACUGCAGCCCGGGCGGGCGUCGGGGGCCGGGGCGGGCGGCUGGGCGGAGGGGCCCGGGCUGCCGGGGCGGGGCUCCGGGGGCGGGCGGCGGUAUUUAUUGCUAAGUUAUUGCCCGGGGCGGCGGGCCGGGCGGGCGUUAUUUAUUGCUGUACAUAGUGUCCGUCCGCGGCCGCAGCCGCCGCCGUUGCCGUUUUGUACGUGACAAUAAACCGCUUCCACACA